AUGUCGCUGCCUCGCGCCACCUCGUCCGUGUCGACGACCAUGUUCCGAUUCGCCGCUGGCGGUGCCCCUCGUCUUCAAUGCAACCAAUGUCUGCGUCCCGCCUUCCGCACAUCACAGCCUGCUCUGCGCUUCUCCUCGCGACGAAACUUGCAAACUGCCACUGCCUACCGCCCUUACACAUUGGACCCUAUGCCCUCGCCGCGCAACGCUGGUGUACCAGAGACCUCUAUUGCUGGCCUUCCUUCGCUUCCCUCUACCUCGUCACGCUCAGCAAAACCAUCUCCCGCAGCCGACCAACCCAUCAGUGUACCUGAGCAAGAAGCUCAAAAGUCCUCGUCCGCAAAUACGUCAUCGACGGCAACCACAUCUGCCACCACCAAGCCCCAAAGAAAGAGCAAGCUGCGUCCUCGCAAGGCCGCUAUCACACUGUCGUCUUCAGCUGUAUCACACCUGCGCGAACUACUCGAGCAACCAGAGGCCAAGCUGGUCCGUGUCGGCGUGCGUAACAGAGGCUGCUCGGGACUAGCAUACCACCUCGAGUAUGUCGACAAGGCUGGAGCUUUCGACGAGACGGUCGAGCAAGACGGUGUCAAGGUAUUGAUCGACUCCAAGGCCUUGUUCAGCAUCAUUGGCUCAGAGAUGGACUGGCUGGAGGACAAGCUCAACGAGCGCUUUAUCUUCAAGAACCCUAAUAUCACUGAGCAAUGCGGUUGCGGAGAGUCCUUCAGCAUCUCAUAA